GGGGGCCAGCUGGCUCCAGCUCCUGGACACCCAGGAGCCCCAGGUGGGCAGGUCUCACCUCACCUGACCCUGGGCCCUGUCAUUCUGCCACCGGAGCAGGGUCUGGCCUCUACCGUGUUCCUGAAGGCCCUGCCCAUCCCAUUGUACCACACAGUGCCUCCGGGGGGCCUCCAGCCACGUGCCCCCCUAGUGACACACAGCCUGGAUGGGGGCAGUGUACCCUUUAUUCUCAGCCCCCUGCUGCGGCCUGAAGGACCCGGCCCUACCCAGGCGGGGAAGCCAGCGGCCCCGGCACUCACUGUGAACAUUGUGGGCACUCUGCCUGUCCUGUCGCCGGGCCCGGGGCCCACGCUGGGGAGCCCGGGCAAGGUACGGAAUGCCGGCAAGUACCUUUGCCCACACUGUGGCCGGGAUUGCCUGAAGCCCAGUGUUUUGGAGAAGCACAUCCGGUCCCACACGGGUGAGAGGCCCUUUCCGUGUGCUACCUGUGGUGUCGCCUUUAAGACCCAGAGCAACCUGUAUAAGCACAGACGCACCCAGACCCACCUCAACCACUCUCGGCUGUCCUCGGAGUCUGAUGGCGGUGGGGGCAGCCUCCCGGAGGAGGGGGACAAGGCUGGAGAGAGCUCCAGAGCAGAUGGCGUGGGGGACGGCAGCAGCCAGAGGGUGGGUGGCGGGGCCCGAUCGGAGAGACCCCUCUCUGUAGGCGCCCAGGGUGCUGGGCAGUGCCCAGCGCCUGCCAUGCCCCUGUCUUCUACUGCCAAGACCCUGGCUCUGAAGUUGGAAGCUGUUCCCUGUCCAGGGUCCGCAUUUGCUGACAGAGAGACCCCUGUGGACUCUGCCAGCACGGCCUCCCCUGGGCUUGCCCUGGCUGGCUCCCAGCCGAGGCGGAAGCUGCCAGAGCAGAUGUCCCCGACUGCCGGCCGGCUGUGCUCCCUGCAGCAGCAGCAAGCGGCCACGUCCUCGGAGAAGCCCUGGGACGCCAAGGCCUUGGAGGGCCGGCUGCGGAAGUGUGAGAGCACCGACUCGGGCUACCUGUCCCGCUCUGACAGCGCAGAGCAGCCGCCGGCCCCCGGCAGCCCCUUGCACAGCCUGUCGGAGCACAGUGCCGAGUCUGAGGCGGAGGUGGCCCUGGGGCCUGGGGGGCCUAGCCUGCAGCUGGAGAAGAAGCAGCUGGAGGAGCGCAUCGCCUGGCUCAUCUCCCACAAUCAGGCCGUGGUGGAUGAUUCCCAGCUGGACAAUGUGCGGCCCCGCAAGACGGUCCUGUGCAAGCAAGGCAGCAUCGACCUGCCCAUGCCCUACACCUACAAGGACUCCUUCCACUUUGACAUCCGGGCGCUGCAGCCAGGCCAGAGGAAACCCGCUGCCCUCAGCUCGGCCCGUUCCACCUUCACCCCCCCAGACAAGGCACGGCCACUCUUCUUUCACUCUGUCCCCGCUCAGCUCUCCACCACUGUGGCAUGUGUGCCCGUCACCAGGAGCAACUCACUGCCCUUUGUCGAGGGCACCAGGAUAUGGCAGGAGCCCCCGGGCCCCCGGGCCGCCUGCCCCAGGAGGCAGAAGCCUCUAAGCCCCAGGCCUGCCCCCGCCCGACUGGUGGAUGUCCCCAGCGGCCACCCCCGGGCCCUGGUCAGACAGGCUGCCGUGGAGGAUCUGCCAUGCCCCCCCACUGGAGACAGCCUGGUGCCUGCAGAGGACUCGGAUAGAAACAGAGCUGCUGCUGGGGAGGGGGCAGCCAGCAAGGGCAGAGCAGGCAGUAAGAAGUGUAGCCAGAGGAAGCUGAAGAUGUUCUCCCAGGACAAGUGGCAGGUGUAUGGGAAUGAGACAUUCAAGAGAAUCUACCAGAAAAUGAAAACCAGUUGCCACAGAGGGAAGAAGGCAAGGGAGAUGACCCUGGGUAGUGGGACAGAGCUGGCCUUUCCUCUCCAGGAAGAGUUAGCAGGGAAUGAGGGCACAGUCCCGUCCCAGGACAGGAGGACCCCUGUCCAUGGGGACACAGCUGUGGGGGCCAAGCCAGGGCCUUGCCAAAGUCCACUGGCCCCGGAGGGCUUCUUGGUGAUGGAGUCCCCCAAGCAGAGGGAGAUGGUGGCCAGAGCAGGAGGCAGUGACCAGCCUAGGGUGAACAGGGCCACCUCGCCCCCCACCCUCAGCUGCAGAGAACCCCCCUGUUUGGGCAGCAAGAGCCCCCUGCUUUCUCCAAAUGGGAGGCUGGAGCUGGGGUGUCAGCUGCCUGCAGCACCUGGUCCCCUCAGGGGAGGUGACCUAGAGGCUCCCAAGCUGAUUUUGCCAGACCCUAAGAUGGAAGAAGGCACCCGUGGUGGUGGGGACAAGAAGGAGACCUGUCAGUGGACCCAAACUGUGCCGAGGCGGCCCAGUGGUAGCUCUGGGGAGUCCCAGCCCUCAGAGGACAAGCUCCCCUCAGAGAGGAAGAAGCUGAAGGUGGAGAAGCUGAGCUGCCAGGAGCAAUCAGAGCCUCUGGGAACAGAAAGAGAGGCCCCAGGUGGCCCCGUGCAGGCCACCUCCCCGCCAUCUCAGAACCAGGACUGUGACCCUGGGGAUAAGCCAGGGGAGCUGUAUGAGAGUGCUGAUGGCGUGGCCAGGGGCAGGGCUGGGCAGCCGGGCAGGCCCUUGGAGCUUUCCGGCGCCCCCUCUGCUGCUCCUUCUGUGGCCCUGAGGCAGGUGGGGCUAAGGGAAGAGAUCUUGCCGUGUCCUAGAGCCGCGUCCCUUGGGCAUCAGUCCCACCUGGCCACUCAGGCUCCUGGUGUCUUCGCUGCCCUGGCAGACACUGCCUUCCCCCCCAAGUACCUCCUCAGGUUGCCUCAGGAAGAGACCCACCCACCACCUCCCGUCGCCCUGGGGCCGGGACAAGGCCAGGACCCUGUCUGCAGGAGAAGCUGGCCCGAGGAACAGGCAUCCUUUGUCGGGUCAGGGCUGGGGACCCUCCUGCCUCCCUGCCCGGCUUCAGGCUUGGCCCCCAGUGGGGCAGACAGCUUCCAGGAGGACCCCAGCUGCUCUAGGCCAUGGGGCAGGAGAAAAGGGGUGCAGGGAGAGGAGAAAGGAUACUUGGACCCUGGCACCCCAGCAGCGGGGCAGUCCUGUGGCUCAUCCACCAGCAGCCCCAGGGAGACAGCCUCCUUCUUGCCCACCCCAACGUGUGCCACCUGGAAGAGUGGGCCCCCUGACACCCGACACCUCUGCACGGGCAGCACUGUGGUGGGGUCCAAGCCAUCUGGGGGUGUCCUGAGUCCCUGUGCACUUAGCAGGGAGUUGGAACCUCCUGAGAAUGCCCCGGAAGACCCUCCCUCGGGGCCUCUGGCUGGGCUCAGUUCCUGCCGCUCCUUCCUCACAGCCCCCACGCCCCCCGGCUGGCUGGAGCUGGCCUCGUGUACCCACUCAGAGACCCUGUGGAGCUUCAGGGCCCACGGCCCUUUCCCGUCAUUGAGGGCCGAGCCCCGACUCACAUGGUGUUGCUUGAGCCGAAGCCUGCCUCUGCCCACAGAGCAGAAGGAAAAGGCUGCUUCUGUGUACUUGGCACUGCACGUCCUUGGUGGCAGCGCCCAGGACAAGGGUCCAGACGCCCGGCCCGUGAGCAGGGCAGUGGUGGGAGGAUGGACGAAGACAGGCCUGGGAGAAGGAGGGCAGGUCCAGACACCAAAGCUCUUCUGCCCAGUGGCCUCAGGGAUGGUGUCCCAGCCUGAAUGGAAGAAAGGACCACCGUGGAGGAAGGCGAAGAUGUUUCGGGGGAGUGGCAAACAGAAGCUGAGCAUCCGCUCCAGAAGGUACAAAGGGAGUUUCUUACAGAGCCGCGUCCAGCCGAGAGGGGGUGGACCGCGCAGGCCUCCCAGAGUGCUGAGAAAAGACCGCCACCUACCCCCACUCGAGGGGCUGGGCCCACGCGGGACCUGCAGGCAGCCCUCUUCAGAAAUGGCAGGUCUGAAUCUGCAAGAGGAACCGUCUCGUGCCUCUUCAGAAUCACCUGUUGGUUGUGGGCACAGAGAGAAGGAAGAGGAUGAUGCCUCCAGACAGACUUCGGGAAGCUUCUCUCCCAACACAAGUUCAAGGGCCGGGAGUGGAAUAGACCAAGUAAUCGUGAAGGUAAUCUCUCCAGCUGCCGGUGGGCGCGGUGACCGCCAUCGUCGGAACACUGCUGCCGGGUCAGGACAGUCUGAGUGGCCGGGCUCCUGCAUGGCCGUGGCUACCGACAGCCUUCUGUCUCCAGGCAGAAGUCUCAGCCCGGGAUUGCUGGAGACCCGGCCGUUGCCCUCCCAGGAGCAAGUCUCAGUAGAUAUGAAGCCAUACAUUUCCUCCAAUGCUCAGGAGCCUUCUUCCUUUGAGUCCAAAGGAGCCUCUCCCUGCCAGGAUGUUGCUCCUUCUGUGGCUGCCAUUUGUGCUGUGGGGGAGAGAGCAGGUCACACAACCCUGGGAAUUCACGGUGCGGAGCCGCAAGACCACAGAGCUGCAGGGGAGGCUCUGACACAAAGCUCCCCAGACAGAAAAGCUAAAGCAGAGGGCAUGUCACCACCAGUCCUGCCAGGGAGACCUUCAUCUGAGCAAAGAAUUUCAGGUUUGGUUUUGUUGGGGUCAACUGGAAAAACUCAUCUUGAAAUACCAGCAUCAGGACCAGGCUCAGCUAGUUCAUACCAAGAGGAAGGGGAACACAAGAUGUUUUUUCCUACUGGGGGACAGGAGGGGCGUGGAGAGAUGGUAGUGCCCUGCCCUCCUUUAGGAAAUGAGAGUGGGAAAUGUCGAGACUCUGGAUUAACUGCUCUAAAAGAUCGUGGGGUUCUUUCUAAGCCAGGGCAGCCCAGAGAAUCCCCUGAAUCCCCUUCAAAAUCUGUCAAAAGGAGGGGUCUGGAAGGACUGAGAAAGCAGACUCGAGUGGAGGUCAGUGACACCAGCAGUGACGAUGAAGACCGGUUAGUGAUAGAGAUGUGAAGCUUCUGAGCCUGCGGUUGGAGACCAGAUGCUGGCAGGCUGGCAGGCAGCUGAACUCUCUUUCACCAAGCACCUACCUAUGAGGAAAGCCAUCUGGGGAUCUUUCCAAGGCAUCCCCAGCGAACUCCAGCCCCUAUUCCCCAGACCCCCCUGCGGUAUACCAGGUGCCAGGCGGGCAAAGGCAGAAACGGAGCCCAGUCUGAGAAUGCUUGGCGCACAGUGAUUGCACUCACCUUCCACCCAUGUCUUCUACAUCGGCCCCCGCUGCCUCCUCUGUCAUUGGCAUUGCCCAGGACAGCCACCGUCGAUGUAGUUGUGUGCAAGCGAACCCGCAGUGUCAAGUCAACCGGCUUCCUCCAUCAGUAAGCUGAGGGUUUGCUUCAAAGGUGGUAAGCACACUUGGGCAAUUGGGGUAGCUUGCAGAGGAGAUGGGGCAUCAAGAUACAUCUGUUCAUUCUGGAAACCAAAUCCAGAUUCAUUAAAAACUGCAGUUUGGUUAGAAUAACUUGCGUCCUUAGUGGAAGUUGUAAAUAUACUUCAGAAUGCCUAUGAUCUAGUAAAAUGCUGAUUAUCUUUAAAUGUUACACCAGUGGUCAGUGCUUACGGAUGACCCAACAACACAAGCAUGUACUGCUCUUGGGCCCCGUGCCUUUUCUCUUGAGACCUCUGAAACCCUUGGUUUUUUUAGCUCUUGCAAAGGAACGCUGUGUUAAAAGUUAAUAGAACAGUCUCUGUAAUGAGUCAUUUUUUGAGGGGGAAAAAUUCACUUAUUUUUCUCUGAUUCUUUCUGUCAUAUUGUGCUCUGAGCAAUUUCAAUUAGAGGGUUACAUUUUAGUAAUCUCUACAGCUUAAAUUGAUGCCUGCUCAUCGUGACGGGAGCCUUUUAGAUUUCCUCCAGAAGCUUCAAGGAUACAAAACUAAUUGGAGUUUUGACGCUGUUUUACAUCUCAGUAAUUUUAUUUUGGGGGCUUGGUGUUACUUUGCUGUCAAAUUAAAUCAGCCUCUGUAUUGUGCAAGUCAGAACAGUACAGAUAAAAUUCCCCCGUAUUCCAAGCCAGUGCGCCCCUGUGCAGAAGAAAAUAGCUGAUCGACGUCAGCCAACUCAGUGAGCGAAGCCUCAGAUUUACUGCGUUCUUCUCCUUCUCCUUAAAUGGGAGAGGAAAAACUUAGAGAGAUUUACACUGCUGCAUUUCGAUAAAAUUUUAUACUUGCUUUUGGUAGAUUUUGUACAAUUUGAAAUUUAUAGCCGAGCUCUUUUGGCUUAGCUUUUGACGUGAUGAUGUUCAUAUGACAUCUUGUACCUUCAGAAGCAGCAGCAAUGCACAGCAUCUCACACACAUGAACACACUUAACGUGUCCUUGCCUGGGACUAAGGAUGGGCAAGUUUCAGGUAUCGUCAUGUGAGUUUUCCAAUUUUGGAGUUAUUCACAGGGAACUUCAAUGCAAGACCAGCUUCCCCUGGUGACUUAGCAUAUAUGAGAUGUGCUCAUAAAUAUUCAAGUGAUUUCAAGCCCAGCCAAAUAAAACAUAAGGAGGGAGGUAAAAGGAUGAUAGGUAUUCACUUUGUGUACUUUUGUUUUCAUUGUGUACUUUUUUAAACCAAACAAAAGUGAUGUGGUGAUUAUCUACCUUUGAAUGACCCAUGCCCCUGUAAUGAGAGAGGAGAUCUAGGAAAGUGGCUUAGUCUUGGAGGAAGAGUGAAGUCCUGACUGUGUCCUUACUGAGCUGGGAAAUCUUGGUAAGACACAUGCCCUCUACACCUCAGUUUCUCCAGCUGAGAAUCAGAGUUGGACUAGAUGAACUGGAUGCAUCUCCAGGCUCUAAUCCUUGUCAGAUGAGCUCCCUGUCCUUUACCUGAGGAGGUUUGGGGGCUCUGAGGUGGCCCCCAUGGGGAGGGGCCCCCCACAGAAGACAUUUCGGGGGAACCAUGGAGAACUGAAGCAUGAACAUCUUCAGCCAAGUAUUGCCAUGAAGAACGUGAGCUCAGAGAAGCUCUGUAUGAUUUUUUUUUUCUUCAGAGUUCCAGAUUUUGGGGGUACAGUCAUCCAGUUUAUACAUUUGGCUCAUAAUUCAAAAAUUGAAAGCAAAACCAGAACACUACCGUGUGAGGUGAAGACAACAUGUCUAUGGGCUGAAUUGACUACUUUGUCUGGGGAUGCACUGGUUAGGGGAAGAAAACUAUCUUCCAGAUACUUCUUUCCUGGUGGCUACUAAGCUGUCAGCAGGAUCACUGAUCUAAAUCAGUAAGUCACAGCUCCAAAUAGCACUGACCUCCAGAUGGUGGUGGAAGUUCUGUCCUUCUAAGAGCCACCACUGCUGGCUCCCACAUCCCAACCUGGAUCCAAUAUGGUGGAACAUUGAUUCCAUCUCUUUGACUCCCUGUGUCUCUUACCAAGGCAAGCAGGUUGCCAAGCCAUCCUGUCAGCUGGUCAUUUAGCAACGGGUAGCAAUGU